AUGGCAAAAAAAAGUGACAAAGAGACACGUUUUUCUUUAGUAGAAGUUGCUAAUAAAAUAGAAGAGUCACGUGUAUUCUGGAAUCGAAGUCAAUCUUUACCUGAAAAACCCAUCGUACCACAAGAAAAACCUGUAGAACCAGUAUUACAAAAACCUAAAUUACCGCAUUAUACACCACUGGAUAGUAUAAUGUACCCAUUAAUGUACGCUAUUCGAUGUAAGUCAUGGGUAAAAGCAAGAAAAUUAUGUCAUGAACUUAUUUUAUGUGAUCCGGAACAAAAAAUUUAUCAAGGUCUUUAUAUACGGCUUGUUCAACUAACAAAUCUUAUUGAUCAGCAAAAUUAUUCACGAAAUUCACGAGCGAGUAGUAGAUCAAGAACAACAAUAACAGAAAGCGAUAUGUAA